GGUUUGUCACAUCGCUUCUGAUGAUUUCUAAGCUGUUGUACCUCCGUAGGAAUGUCUGUAAUCAUCCAGGAGGUUCCGUAUCAUCGAGUUGGGACCACACCACGCUGUUUGGAUUGCAAAUCACGAACGUGGAGAACAAGCCCCAGGGACCAGGCGCUCCAUGGCAUGGCGAAAGCUCGUAGGCAAACAUUAGCUCCACAAACCAGUAGAAGUAGCAGCAUAUAAGGACGAGUUGAUCGCCGUGUCUCGCCCCGUGUCCCUGCCCUCAUUCAGCAAGCUCAACUCACUUCGAUCGACGAGCCCAAACCGGCCAACGGAAACAGCAACCGCAUUCUUAGGGUUAACCCAGUUCACACCGCAACGCGACCUAGCUCGUCAUCAUGGGAUCCCAAAGCGACCUCAAGCCCAUCAAGGCGUACGGCAAGGGCAGCCCGAACACCGACAAAGUGGUCAUUAUCCUCGAAGAGCUGGGCCUUCCCCACGAGAUCGAGACCGUUCCCUACAGCGACGUAAAGAAGCCCGAGUACCUCGCCAUCAACCCCAACGGCCGCCUGCCAUCCAUCCGGGACCCUAACACCGGCCUCACGCUGUGGGAAUCAGGUGCCAUCCUCCAGUACCUGGUAGACAAGUACGACACCGACCACAAGCUCAGCUUCCCGGCCGGCUCCAACGAGGACUACCUGGCCAAGCAGUGGCUCUUCUUCCAGACCACCGGCCAGGGUCCCUACUAUGGCCAGGCUGUAUGGUUUACCACGUACCACCAGGAGAAGCUGCCGAGCGCGAUCGACCGGUACAUCAACGAGAUCAAGCGGGUUACGGGCGUGAUCGAGGGGCACCUGGCCAGGCAGAAGGAGGAGCAUGGGGCCAAGGAAGGGUUUGAUGGCCCGUGGCUGGUCGGGAACAAGCUGUCGUACGUCGACUUUUCCUUUGCGCCCUGGCAGGCGAUCGCCAAGAGACUGUUUGGAGAAACUGGCCAGUACAACGAGGACGACUACCCGUUUGUGAAGGAGUGGCUGGGGAAGCUGCUCGCACGGGAGUCGGUGAGGAAGGCUUUGGAGUAGAGGCGAGUCGGCAAGAGCUGAGGAUUGGAUCGGGUUUGGAGGACCGUUUGUGUGAUGGAUUGUUCUGGACGAGAUAGUUAAUAGAUGUUGGUCAAUUCACGUGCCUUGCGAGGUCCCAAGGUGAGCGACGCGUCAAACGCUCAGUUGUGUUCGCGCGGCCCAAGUCCCGUCUGCGAGUGCGAGCUUCCUGGAUCAGCAGUUGUCGAAGCCAUGACAUUUCCCUAGUUCUCUUCUAUUCACCGCGGCUCCGGAAAUUGCCAUCCAGACGGAGUACUGUUGAGUCGAGAGAAACAUCUGACCCGCGGUGCAGGUAGCUGAGAAAAC